CCCCUCUGCAUCCAGGCUCGUAAACCAGGCUCAUAAAGAACCCAGGCUCAUAAGGAUCCCAGGCCCACGCUGCAGCACCCGCAGAGGACGUGCCACAGCAUAGCAUGACUGCUCUUCACCCUGCAUGCCAUGCCCUUCCCCAACAGCUCUGACCUCAGCCCAUCCUCCUUCAUCUUGGCCAGUAUCCCAGGGCUGGAGGCUGCCCAUUUCUGGAUGGCGAUCCCUUUGUGCUCCGUGUACGUUAUGGCUGUCGCAGGCAACUGCAUGGUGCUGUUCAUCGUCAAGACGGAGCCCAGCCUGCACGUUCCCAUGUACUUCUUCCUCUGCAUGCUGGCUGCCAUCGACCUGGCCUUGUCCACCUCCACGGUGCCACGUGUCCUCGCCUUCUACUGGUUCAACACCAGGGAGAUCAGCUUUGGAGCCUGCCUCGUCCAGAUGUUCUUCAUACACACGCUCUCGGCCAUUGAGUCCACCAUCCUCCUGGCCAUGGCUGUGGACCGCUAUGUGGCCAUCUGCCACCCGCUGAGACACGCUGCCAUCCUCACCAACGCCACGACAGCAAAAAUAGGGCUGGCAGCCAUGGUCAGAGGAGUUCUCUUCUUCCUGCCCUUGCCUUUGCUCCUGCUGCCCCUUCCCUUCUGCAGCUCACGGGUGCUGUCACACUCCUUCUGCCUGCAUCAGGACGUGAUGAACCUGGCCUGCGCCAACACGACCCCCAGCGUGGUGUAUGGCCUCACCGCCAUCCUGCUGGUCAUGGGGCUGGACGCCCUCCUCAUCUGCAUCUCCUAUUUCCUGAUCCUCAAGGCUGUCCUGCGGCUGGCAUCGUGGAAGGAGAGGCUCAAGGUGUUCAGCACCUGCAUUGCCCAUAUCUGCGUGGUCCUGGCCUUCUACGUGCCACUGAUCGGGCUGUCAGUGGUGCACCGGUUUGGGAAGGAUCUGGCCCCGCUGGUCCAUAUCAUCAUGGGGAACAUCUACAUCCUUGUGCCAGCUGUGCUCAACCCCAUCAUCUAUGGGGUGAGGACUAAAGAGAUACAGAGGAGGAUCCUAAAUUUCAUUCACAUACACAACAACAGAACUGCCCAGUGACUUGUGCUUGGAUGUUGUGUCCUGUUCCCACUCACUGUCUCAACUUGUUUUACACUCAGAGUCCUUGGAGCUGGGGCUGUCCUCUGUGCAGCACUCAGCACCCUGUAGGAUCCUCUAAGGUGCUAUCACAGGGUAAAAAGAAAAUAACAGCUGCAAACUGCUUCCAAGAGUGCUUACUCCACCAAACCUGGAGUGAGUCUACCAUGAUGAUCCAAAUCCAACCCUGACCCAGCAGAAAAAAUGUCUCAGCAAACUAACGGAGUCUUGACACUGCACUUCUUUGUCCCCAUCUCCUCUCUAAUUUGCACAGCUGAGUGAAUGCCACAGUCGUUCCUGAAUGAUUCAGAUUAAUUCAUGGGUUUUGCUCGUGAUGUGCUCACUGUCCAAAAACAUUUUAGCAAAGUUUUUGGCUAAAAUUUAAGUGAAAUAACUGCGGGUAACCUUAAAGGUGCAGGAAUGCACUUUAAAAGUGCUCCACCUCUAUAGUCCUGUUCUGAUCUACUGGGUGUCCAGUUAACACAGCUCCGACCCCUCACAGCUCACAGCUAUUGACAGGGGUUGUGAAAAUAAUUUUCAUUUAUAAUUAUAUUCUGGAAAACCAGCCUCUCAAGAGAGAAAUGAGGAAGUUGUAAAUGUGAGGGAUAGUCCCAGCUGAACGAAUCACUAUUUCCUAGUGGAAGGUGUUUUAUUCUUUGACUUCACACGUGUAUGAAUUUCCAAAUGAGCUCAAGAUCUCCACCUUCCAGAUUUUUCUUACAAUUCCAAGGUAUUCUGCAUUAAAUCAGAAUAUCUCAUAGCCUCUCCUCACAAGAGUCUCACAACUCUUCUUUCAGUGGGAAGCUAUAAAACUCUUUAAAUGUGAUGGAAGCCUUCAAGUCUUGGAGCCAAUGAAGAUGUGAAAGAUGAUGCAGUGAAGUGCAUUUGUUUAGGCUGGCCUUCACCAAUCCACAGGCACAUGCUUAGAAAUGUAGCUUACCAACACUGUUUUUCUGGAGAAUAGAAAAGAAAAAAAGAACAAUGUGCAAGACAUUUUUCAUUGACAUCAUCUCAUAAUUUGGAAAAAGGUUAAAGACCUUGGGAAGGGAUGUUGUGUAAUUGGACUUGCAAUGAAGCACACUGAUUUAAAGAUGUUCUCAUAUCUUUUCCUUCCCCAAUCCAUUGAAAAUCUUUAUGUACUUCGUCUUUGUAAAAAUGAUUUCUUCUUCGUAAAUAGAAAAAGAUCCAAGCAAUCCUUUCUUUUCCCUCUUGGCUUAAUCUCUCGCCUUGUUGCUUGUUGGCUAUUUUAAACUGUGCUCUCCAUCCCCGAGGUAGCUGUGGAGUCUCCCUCCUUGGAGAUCUUCAGAAGCCAUCUGGGCUGCAUUGCCACGGGCAGGAAUGUGUUUGCUGUUCCCACAGAUCGACUCUGGAGCAGCCCCUGGAAUUCCUCUGGUGAGAGGGCUGGGUGAUCUCUAGCUGGCUGUCUCUACACAGGUGAGUAACAGAGAGGAAGUCAUCUGGGAGCAAAACCCUUCAUGUCAGGACAUCUCACAGAUGACCAGAGGUACCAGGGACUUUCGUGAUCUGUGCUCCAUUAGGAGAUCCAGGAGCUCUUGAACACUGCUAUCUCCAUCAGCAGAAUAUUAUCAAAGAAUCCAUGGGGCAAUUCGGGUUGGCAGGGAGCUCCAAACAUCUCCAGUCCAAACUCCCGAUCGGCGCAGGGUCAGAUUCAGGGUCAGAAAGGAAGCAAAGCUGUUCAUCCAGUCUGCUGCUGAAAGCCUCCAAGGACAGAUGUAGGACAGCAUCUUUGGGCCUCUGUUGCAAUGAUUGACUGUCCUUACUAUGACUUUUUUUCCUCUUUUUAUCUGGCUUGAACCUCUCAUUUCAACUCACACUUGUGUCUCUCAUCCUCCCACUGCACCACGCUGUGAAAGCCUGCCUUCCUCUUCCCAGUUACGUCCUCAUGGGCAGGGAAAGGCUGCUCAUCUUGGGAAGAGCCAAAGCUCUGAAGCUGAACAAGCCUAUUUUCCUCCUCAAGUAUCACUGAUCCAGCCCCAGCCACCCUGCUAGCUAUCAGAUGAAUAUUCUCCCCACUGUCAGUGCCUUUUAUGUGCUAGGGCCCCAAACUGGAUUGGCUAUCUAGAUGUGGUUUAGCAAGUGCUGGGUAACCCCUCGAGGACACGGCCUAUCACUGUCUAGAAAAGUCAUCCCAGCACCCAAAACAAUGAACACUGGGAGGGACAGGUAGAGAAGGAGAAAAGACCAAAACAGAAAUGCCAGGGGGUGUAAUUCUGCACUGGCUCACAACAUACAUGUGGAAUCAUGCUUUGCAGUCAAAGAGUCAUAGGGUGCUUUUUUUUUAGUGCUAAAUGGAUCAGAAUCCUUGGGGAAAGCCCACAGAAUUUUGUUUAGCUAUGAAAAAAAAAAAAAAAAAAAAAGCAUUUUGGAAAACAGCA